AUGUCUGCCUUCAAGUCCCUCGCCAUCAUUGCCCUCGCGGCCUUCGCCACCGCCAUGCCCACGGCCGUCACCACCGGCAACAAUGGCGGAAAAGGCUGCACCGGCACCCAGGCUGCGCAGACCUGCAACGCCAACCAGCAGCUCAACUGCUGCCAGGACGGGCUUCUAGGCCUGGACUGCCUCCUCAUCGACCUCCUCGAUCUGCCUCUCACUGAUACCUGCACCACGGGUACCGUGAACUGCUGCUCCGGCGGCGGUGACACUGGCCUCAUCGUCCUCGACCUCUCCUGCUCCGUGGUCAACCUCGACCUCCUCGGCGGCUUGUAG